UGAUUGAUUUGUGUGUGGGCGUGUGUGUGUUAAAAUCAAUGAUGUUUGAGUGGUGAAGGUGGGGAGGAGUAGUAGGCAGCAACAGUCAGAGCGCUGGUGUCAACUAUGACAGUACCGGUAGGAGCGAUUUUACAAAUGUGAGACGAAGUUAAUCUGGAAAUGUUCUGAAGGCGGUACCCUUCGAUUUUUGGGAGGUCUAAUCCCAAUACUGAGGUAUUUGCCAAAAAUACUGUAGAGAACAACAGUCUGGGUGUGAUUCAGCAUCUGAAGACUGCAGGACCGUGAUGAAGAGAGGGGGUGAAAGAAAGUGUCAUAACUUGAAACGGAGUUGGAAAUAUGCCCGAGACAUCAGGAGCAAAAAUGUGAUGAUAUGACCAUGUGAAAAGAUGGAGGGGAGAGUUCCUCUAUAAAUGCUGCAAUUUACACACAAAUUACAGAGUUGUCAACAGCCUGCUGAACCUGAACCUGAACCUGAACCUGAACGAGAACAAGAUCAAGAACAAGAACAAGAUCAAGAUCAAGAUCAUGUAAUUGACAUGAAUUGUAGUUGCCCAUAUCCUCUAGAUUUUUGGUUUCAAAUCUCAAGUUACAUUGAUCCAGAAGAUGUGGAAAGAUUUGCAAGAAUCUGCAAACAUUGUGCCAGUAUUGUGAGAUCCGCAUCAUUUUGGUUGUCAUUAUACAAGAGGUUUUAUAGGUCAGAUAUUCCCUUGCCGCCAUAUCUGCAGCCUGCAGCAAUGACUCGGCGACAUGGAUUGAGAACCAGAGUGAUCCGCGCAUUGUAUUUUUUGUAUAUGCCCAUGACUCGCAGGCUUCAGGAUCCUACUCUCUCUGAGUCAAGGCUUCUAGACAAGAUGUGUGUACAGCAGUGCCACAAGUAUCAUUUUGCAAUUGGGUGUUCUACAUUCAUUUUCAAGUUUCAAGAUGUGAAGCAUAUACCUGUACGAGGACAAGAACCUGUCGAAAAGGAAGAUGAUAUUUAUGCAAAUAGUGAUGAGGGAGCCAUAACAUUAAAGUUGACCUGUUCACAGAUUACAACUCCACCCCUAGUGCUCAUUGGACUGGUACUGCGAAGUAUCACAUUUCCUACUCCUGCAGAUCCAGGUGCCCAUGUGCAAAUUAGUGUGGGUGAUAAUUAUGUUGCAUCACCACCCAAGAUCAGCAUUGUCCUUAAUAAAGUGAUUGCUGUACAAAUGACAGACUGGUGGCACCCAUGUUUCUCUCACACACACCCAUUCCAGUCAAUCUUGCACCCAUGCUAUGCAGACCCAGAUGAAUUACUGGGUUAAACACAAGUUUGUUUGAAUACAAUGUGUAUGCAUGGGUGUGACAACCCCUUCAGUGUGUGAAAAACAUGGAAGAAAUUAGUCUGAAUUCAUUUGUACAUGCCACAAUUUGGGCAAAAAAAGGUUCACUCUGAAGGUACAUAAAUUCUGUGCAUUUGUGUUACUCAGACAAAUUAGCAUGGGUGAUAAUUAUAUUGCAUCAUCACAUCCAUUUCAGUUAAUGUUGCAUCCACGCUGUGCACGUGAAUUAUUGGGUUAAUUGCAAGUUUAUUUGAAUGCAAUAUGUAUGCAAAGAUGUGACACGUGGCUCCCACUCAGUGUGUAGAUAAAGUAAUGAAUAAUGAGUGUGUGAAAGGCUUGGAACAAAACUAUCUGAAUUCAUUUGCACGUGCUACAAUUUGGGCACAAAAAAUGUUCAUUCUGCAGGUACAUAAAUUAUGCACAUAUUUGUUACUCAGUCAAAUUAGUGUGGGUGAUAAUUAUAUUGCAUCACCAUUGAAGAUCAGUAUAUCCUUUACAGAGUGAUUACUGUACAAAUGACAACUUGUCAUCCAUAUUUUUCACAUACACGUCCAUUUCAGUCAAUGUUGCACCCAUGUUGUGCAGAUCCAGAUGAAUUAUUGAGUUAAUCACAAGCCUCACACUCAGUGUGUAAAUAAAGUAAUGAAUAAUGAUUAUGUGAAAGGCUUGGAACAAAAUGAUCUGAAUUCAUUUGCACUUGCUACAAUUUGGGCACAAAAAUGUUCAUCCUGCAGGUACAUAAAUUAUGCUCAUAUGUGUUACUCAAAGUACUGUGGGUGAUAAUUAUAUUGCAUCACCACUCAAGAUCAGCAUAGUCCUUAACAGAGUGAUUACUGUACAAAUGACAGACUGGUGAUCCAUAUUUUUCACAUACACCUCAAUUUCAAUCAAUGUUGCACCCAUGUUGUACAGACCCAGAUGAAUUAUUGGGUUAAUCGCAAGCCUCACACUCAGUGUGUAGAGAAAGUAAUGAAUAAUGAUUAUGUGAAAGACUUGGAACAAAAUGAUCUGAAUUAAUUUGUACAUGCCACAGUUUAGGCACAAAAAUGUUCAUUCUGAAAGUACAUAAAUUAUGCACAUAUGUGUUACUUAG